AUGUUUUAUGGUCAGGGCCACGCUGUGAAAACCGUGGCCCCUUCAGAUGGUCGCGCGACCGAAGUCAGUGGAAUCUCGAAGAAGAGGCUGCUGUCGGAUGAUGACAUGUCCAGUUCAGAUUGCACCAUGUCCUAUAUGGGCACCAUCGCCCGGGUGAUUGUACUCCGAGUGAGUGUUAUGGAUGCUACAGAAAUCUAUGCGAUCGCCGCUGGCGGCACCUUUGCCCUUCUCGUCGUGGCCAGAUUUCUAUCACACCUCACGCGCCUGAAAAGCAUCGUCAGCGUGCUGAUAGCAAAGCAUCUCACUUACCCCCUGUCGGCUGUAGACGCUGGUCGUCGAGCGGGGACACUGUCGCUGAUCAACAUGAUAUUCCUCUUUAUUUGGUUGCACCUCAGCUUUGUCGCUGAUCUUCUUGGGAUAUCAUUACGGAGAUGUCGAGGUUCUCAUCGCGCUGCAGGUUGGAUGGUGAUGGCCCUCUCAGCAACUCACGCUGUCCUGAUGAGUGGCAGGACUCCUUUUCCUCUGCGUGAUGUUAGGCAACCUCUUCGCACUCAUCGUACCUCUCUGGUGACUCUUUUCCUACAGUCCGUGCUCUUCCUCUACCGAAAUGGUGUCUUCACAUCCCGCGGCUGCCCUCGAGCAUUGGUCACUUGCCUUGUGAGAGGCGACGAUAGCGACUCCGAUGAUCGUUGCACCAAACCCAUCAAGAUCCGUGUUGCCCUGUCCAGGCCGCUGAGGGUCCGUCCCGGACAGUACAUAAAUCUGUGGAUGAGGUCCGUGAGCUGGUGGUCAUGGGCACAGAGCCAUCCCUUUACGGUGAUGUCUUGGUCUCCCGUCGAGCAGAGCGCUCUGGAUCUUUUUAUACAGCCUCGCCAUGAUCUCACGGCGGAUUUGCUUCGACACGUGGAAGUGGGCCACGGGGUUUCCUUGUCUUUUCCCGCAUUGGUCAGCGGGCCCCACGGUACCAGUGAAUCUACAGGGCAAUAUGAAACGGUCCUGGCAGUGGCCAGCGAUUUUGGUGUUGCCCCGGUUAUUCCGUAUCUCAAGCAGCUGGUCCAUAGCUACAAUACAAGUACUUCUCGAACACGUCGGGUGCACUUCGUGUGGCAACUGCGUACCCUGGAUACUGCGAUUGCCGUACAGCCCUGGCUCAACGAGUUGCUGCAGGAUGGCGUCCUGGAUGAAGGCUAUAUCCUGACCAUCUCGAUCUACGUGGAAUUCGGCCAGAUCACAGGCGACCGAAUGCCAUUUGGGGGACACGAACGUGCUUUUGUCUACAAGGGCUCGGCAGACUUGCAGGAUAUUCUGCAGACCGAGGCGUCCGGUGAACGUAUCAAGCGGCUAACUGACGUUCAGGAAGAGCGAGGGGACGUGCUUGUGAUGGUUUCUGCUUCAGCCGAAUUGCGGGAUCGUCUGCGAGAUAUUGUCAGAGGCUAUCUGUAUGACAACGUAAGGAUGUUGGAGCUUGAAUUUCAACCGGAUUGA